CAGUGGGUGAGGAGCAAAGACCUGGAUAGAUCACACACACACACAUUCUCACUCUCACUCACUCUCACUCUUAUCCUCAUAAUGAUGCACGGCUCAAGACAGUGGCUCUUUAGGAUCACCUGCUUGGUGUUUGAAUUUCUACAGUAUGACACAGUGCGUGUCACAGUGAGGGAGUCCACUGUGGAGGUGGUGCAGGGCGACUCAAUCACUUUACCCUGCUCAUUUUUCACCAUGAGCCCCCUGAUCCGCCUCAGUAUCAUCUGGACCCUGACUCCUUUUUCUGACCAAGACAAUCCCACACAGGUGAUCGCGUAUGAUCAAGGGCAGGUGAUCGAAAGCCCCUCCUUCACCAGCAGGGUGGAGUUUGUUGACAUGCCCUGGAGCGCUGAUAUCAUCCUAAAUGAUACACGUGUUUCUGAUGCUGGCAUCUAUCGUUGCGUGGUGAGCAAUCCACCAGAGACAGGAGACCCUGGAAUCGGAGAACUCAGCCUCAGAGUCCUGGUACCCCCAUCACUGCCUGUGUGUAUAUGGGAGGGAGAGACUGAUGUAGGUGGCGCUAUGACAUUGACAUGCCUUGUGAUGGAGGGUGUCCCCACUCCACAAAUGAGCUGGGAGAAGCUGGAGCCAGAUCACAUAACCUUACCCAUCAGUAUGGGGGGGGAGUUAAUGGGCUUGGUGCAAAUUACAAACAUGUCUGCACAGGACUCUGGUGUGUAUCGCUGCUCUGUGACCAACGCUCUGGGCACACAAAACUGCUAUGUGAACCUCUCAGUGUACACCCCGACAGAGAAUGCCCCAGGCCUCCUGCAGGGGGUGCUAAUCACACUCUCCAUGGGCCUGGUGCUGCUGACCCUGUUGGCACUGGUGCUGUGGCUCCACCGCUCGGCUCAGGAAAGCAAAUGGACGGAUGGCCGUGUAGAGGAGUGCUACAACGAGAUCAUAUACACUCCCUCUCUAAUCAAGCGCUCAUUUGUCUGAGAUUUUUGGAUUGGGACUGCAUUUGAAUCAAGGUUUUUAGAUGUUUUUUGAUCUGCAUCAUAGGGGUGCUACAGUUGGUCUCAUUAAAAUACAGAAUAUUUACUGUACCUUCUGUAGUGUAGAGCAUACUCCUUGCUGCUGUGUGAAUAAGUCAGAAAUGUACUCGGCCUGACUGUCAGUGAAGUUGAUUAAAGAGGUCAAUUAAUGAUGUAUAGUUUGAUGGACUGGGAUUUCCCAGAUUCAUUUAUCUUUUAUGCUAUACUACUGUUGCUCAGUAAAAUACUGAGCAUAUUAAUAAUUUUUUAUGUCAAACUUAUUGCUUCAAGACCUUAAUAGGUUUUUGUUUGGAUUUUUGAUUUUUUCCAAAAUGAAAUUUACUUAAAACACUGUAAAUUGCAUACAUUUUCUGUAGUUAUUUUGGUUUCCAAA